GCUGGGUAAUAUGGGAAGCGCUACAUCAAAAAUGGCGGCGUCCUCAUCCACAGGACGCGUUUUGACUCUUUGCAAGCAGUUUCAAAAUGUCUUUAGGAUAUCAGCAGCGACAAACGCGCGACAGGCCGCUGUUAGUUCGCCCAAAUGCCAGACUCCUCUUCUCAGGGAGAAGUCUCCCAUCGUCCCCCCAUCCUGGAGCAAUCCCAUCAGCUCUCCAGGUCAGCAUCGAGCUCUGCACACAACCAUCAGCAGGAGAGGACUAGAGGAGUUCUUUGAUUCACCUGAGAACUGGGGAGAGGCCAACGUGAAGUCAGGCGCACCGUGGACCGCCAAACAACUGAGAACAAAGAGCAACGAGGACUUGCACAAACUCUGGUACGUCCUGCUGAAAGAAAAGAACAUGCUGCUCACACUUGAACAGGAAGCAAAAAGGCAGCGGGUCCAGAUGCCGAGUCCAGAAAGAAUAAGAAAGGUUGAGCGGUCCAUGAUCAGGCUAGAGACGGUGGCGAAGGAGAGAGAGAGCGCACUGCGUCUGCUGCAAACAGGACAAGAGAAAGGCCGACCAGGAGCCUGGAGGAGGAACAUAUUUGGAUAUGUGUACUGGUAUCGAUUCAAAGAGUACGCUAUUCCCUGGUACAUGAACCGAAGAUACAAGCGCAAGAGGUUCUACACACCCAAGUUUGUUGAACCACACAUAAGGCUGCGUAUUGAGAAUUACCUCCGGGAAAGGGCGAGGAAUGAAAACUUAGAGAAGAGACGUCUCGCCAAGUUACAGGAGAGGUUCCCCCAGAUUCAAGCUCCUGCAUCCUGAAAUGUGUAGCUCCUAAUUUUGGUCUUUCCAGGAUCUGGCUAGUGUGACUCAGCUCAUCAAAUAGCCAUGGAUGGACUGAACCUGUUGUAUGACCUUUCAUGUGAUCUCAAAGAUAAAUGAUGUAAGAUCGCU